AUGGAUGGAAGAAUAAGAAGCACCACAAUACAAAUGCCUAAUGGAAAAGAACUUGACCGAUCAAUAAAUACGCUUUGCCCCAUGGAAAUACAUGGUUCCAAGGAUAUAGAAGAAAACUUGGAAAAUAAAACAGAAGGACCUAUCGCUAGUCAAACCAGAAGUGCCAAAGCGCUGCAAACUCAUGUCGAAUCAAAAGAUAAGUCCAAUUUUUCGGUGAAAACACUAUUAUUGAUAACCAUGAUAUCAUUAAUGUCGAUACAAGUCGUAGCUAUAAAGAACUGCAAGUGGAAUUCCGGAGUACUUAAUAUUCCUGAAGUAUGA